CCUACAACCAUGACAACAAGGAUCACAUCCGACCUACGCCGAGAAUCUAAAAAAUGGAGGUCUUGGCAAGAAGCCGGAGGCCGUCGGUACCAGGCAUGCUCCGCUUCCGUGGACAUCCUGAUUUACGGAGUACGGCUUCUUGGUGAUGGAGAAGUUCCGCAGAGGAUGGAAGAUGCGAUGUCUCGGUUGGAGUGGAGGGGUGUAUCUCCUCGUGAAGUAUAAAGGUCCCUCGGUCCUUCACACUCAUCAAGCCACUCACGCCCUUGGCCAUAAGUCGACUGUCAUUUGAAAUCAAGUAUGUUCGUUUCAAAGCUCAUUUUUGCUGCUCUAGCAGCCACAACUGCAAUUGCUCAUCCUGGUCCUGAUCGUGCCGUGCCUCAUGCAGAGAUACAACGACGUAGUGGGCUAGCCAAGCAAUGUGCCAACCACGCUGCGGAUUUCAAUCGACGCCGCAUGGCGAAGAGAGCAAUGCGGAAACGCUGGGAAGGGUCCGGUCACAACACGACUUUCGAGAUUACCACGGACGCCCCUUACUAUGACACCAUACAAAACGAUACUUGUGUCCUCAGUCCCGAGGUAACCCAGGGUCCCUACGUCUGGCCGCGCUCUCAGACUCUGCGUCAGGAUAUGACGGAGGAUCAAGCAGGUGUACCUUUGUGGCUUGAUGUGGGAGUCCUCGACAUGGCGACCUGCGAGCCCUUACCGAAUGUCCUCCUCGACUUCUGGCAUUGUAAUGCAACUGGCUCUUACUCCUCGUUUACUCACCUUUCGCCAAAUACCGAGUUUGAAAAGCUUCUGGCUGAGCUGAACAUCACCGAUUUCAAGAUUGGUGUUACCGAUCUCCAUACGGAUGAUACUACCUUUUUGCGGGGAAUGUGGCCCACUGACGAGAAUGGAGUCAUGGAGAUUAAGACGAUAUUCCCAGGAUUCUACGUCCAACGGGCUAUUCAUAUACAUGUUCAAGCGCACACUGACUGGAGUGUCCAAGGAAACGGCACAAUUGUUUCCGGCAAUACUGUAAGCACCGGACAGCUCUAUUUCGAUGAAGCGCUUUCGCAGAAGGUUAUGAGCUUGGAGCCUUACGCCUCACACACACAAAUCAAUCGCACCACCAACGCACAAGACACUAUAUUCCCUGAAGGUACAGACGGAGGAUUUAAUCCCGUUGUAUCUGUCGUCCCAGCGGAUGGUGAGGAUAUCAGCAAGGGAAUGAUUGGAUACAUUACUAUCGGUGUAGAUACGGCAGCGAUUGAGACGUUUGAGAAGUAG